AUGGCAUCAAGAGAAUUAUCGACUGUUGAGAUUAUGAAUAUUGAACGAUCAAAUGAAAGGAAUCGUGAGCCACGUUGGGAACCAGAUGAGGAAGGUAUUGGUGCAGGAGGUGUCAUACUGUUCAUUCUCAUAACUAUCCUAUUCAUUUGUACAUUUCCAAUAACAAUAUUUUUUGCAAUUCGUACAGUCAAAACAUACGAACGAGCUAUUAUUUUACGUUUUGGUCGUUUGAAACGAUCUGGUGGAAAAUAUGUUUUAGGUGCUGGGUUACAGUUUGUCAUGCCAUGCGCAGAUCAAAUGAUUCGCAUAGAUUUGCGUACAAAGACUGUGAACAUACCACCACAAGAGAUAUUGACAAGUGAUGCAGUUACUGUCGGUGUAGAUGCUGUUGUAUUCAUGCGUGUGAUUGAACCAGCUGCCGCUUUAUUAAGAGUUGAAAAUGCAGCCAAAUCAGCUGAACUAUUGGCAGUUACUGCGUUGCGUUCAGUACUGGGAACAUAUGAAUUAUCUCAAUUAUUGACAAAUCGUGACCAGAUUGAUUCCAAGCUGGCCAUUUUACUGGACCAGGCUACAGGUGAAUGGGGAAUCAAGGUGGAACGAGUUGAAAUUAAAGACGUUUCAUUGCCUCAAGAAAUGCAACGAGCCAUGGCGGCAGAAGCACAAGCUGUUAGAGCUUCUAAAGCUAAAGUGAUAGCAGCACAAGGUGAAUUAGAAGCAUCGUCGACAUUAAGAAAAGCUGCUGAGGAAAUGGCUAGAUCACCAACUGCCUUACAAUUACGUUAUUUACAAACAUUGGCCACGAUCGCAACAGAACAAAAUUCAACAAUUGUAUUUCCGUUACCCAUAGAACUACUUCAAAGUUUCUUAUCAAAGAAACAAUCGUAA